CCGGGGCCAGCGGGGCGGACCAUGAACCUGGUAGGGGGCUACCAGCAGCACCACCACCACCAUCAUCACCAUCACCACCCCAUGCUGCACGACCCCUUCCUCUUCGGGCCGGCGGCGCGGUGCCACCAGGAGCGCGCCUACUUCCCCGGCUGGGUGCUGAACCCGGCCGAGGUGAGCCCCGAGCUCGCCGGGCAAAGUCCUAGCUACGGUCCCGCCGAGUACGGCCCGGCCGGCCAGGGACGGCUGGAGGGUCUCAGCGGCCGCCUGGGCCGGCGGAAAGGGGUCGGGGGACCCAAGAAGGAGCGACGGAGGACGGAGAGCAUCAACAGCGCUUUCGCCGAGCUCCGCGAGUGCAUCCCCAACGUGCCCGCCGACACCAAGCUCUCCAAGAUCAAGACCCUGCGCCUGGCCACCAGCUACAUCGCCUACCUGAUGGAGGUGCUGGCCAAGGACAGCCAGCCCGGGGACACCGAGGGCUUCAAAGCCGAGCUCAAGAAGGCCGACGGCAGGGAGAACAAGAGGAAAAGGGAGACGGUCCUGCCUUGGCCACAUUUUGAAGGAUCAACGUCCUCUCCUCGCUGUCCGAACAACAGGUACCACCAGCCUCAGAAACACCAACGCUCACGCACCCCAAAGUUGUCUCUGUCACCUCUCAGGCAUAAAUCCUUAAUAAUCCUUAACAAUUAAAGCCAAAUCCUUG